CGCGCCGGAAGCGGAAGAGGCGGGGCCGAGGCGCGGCGGGCGCGCGAAGCUCUGUGGGGCGGGCGGCACUUCCGGCGGGAGCGGCACCGGGAGCGGGACGGGAGCGGAACAUGCGGGUGCGCGUGCGGAGCUGGCACGGAGUCGCGUCUUGGCUGUGGGUGGCGAACGACGAGAACUGCGGCAUCUGCCGGAUGGCCUUCAACGGCUGCUGCCCCGACUGUGAGUGCGGGACCGGCACCGGCACCGGGCACCGCGCGCGGGGCGGGGCUGACGGUGUGUCCGUGCCGCAGCAGGUGCAGCAGCACUGCCCCAUGUGCCGCCAGGAGUGGAAGUUCCGCGAGUGACGGCGGCACCGGGCACGGGGACGGGCCGUGGCCCGCCCCCGGCCGGCCCGGGCCGCUCAAUAAACGUGCGACGCCA